CCACCCUCGGGUCUGAGAGCACCAUGACCGAAGUUGGUUGGUGGAAGCUGACCUUCCUCCGGAAAAAGAAAUCUACUCCCAAGGUGCUGUAUGAGAUCCCUGACACCUACACCCAAACUGAGGGCGGCGCAGAGCCCCCAAGGCCUGACGGCGGGGGCCCCAACAGCAACUUUAAUACCCGCCUGGAGAAGAUUGUGGACAAGAACACGAAGGGCAAGCACGUCAAAGUCUCCAAUUCGGGCCGCUUCAAGGAGAAGAAAAAAGUCCGAGCCACGCUGGCAGAGAACUCCAACCUCUUUGAUGACAGGGAGGGCAAAGGACAGUGAAGGGGGCCAAGGAGGAUGCUAGCACCUUCCCACUCCCUGCCAUCAGCCGGAUCUGAGACGGGAGCUCGCCACGCUGGCCUCUUUGGCCACAGCUGAAGCCUCGGGGGGCAGUUGAUGCCUGCUGGCAGGAAACCUCUGUUUUUAGGUUUGUAUUUAUGUGCUCCAGCUUUCUGGGAGGCCUGAGAGAUCCCAGGUCCUCCCACCCUCCCCCACCACACACAAAGGCACCCCAGUUCAAGGAUAAAAUGUCCCACUCAGGAAGGACAGCCCUCCUCGAAGAGGUGGAAGCACCAGCAGGGAGGUGGGCGUGGAAGGAAUGGAAAAGGGGAGCUGGACAGACCUCACCCCCUCCUGGGGCACAGGGUCAAGCGUGAGUUUGAAUUGCUGCUCCCUCUACUUUCUCUACCUGUGAUUAUUCUCUGGAUCGAUUCUGAGAAUGCAUUCUCCAGAAGCCACGUGAUGCGGGGUGGCUUCCUGGAGCUGAGGCGGAGAUGCUGAACUUGAGCUCACCUCCUAACUCAGGUGGGAAACUUCCUGGAACUUUGCCCCCAGGUGUGCAGGAGGAGGGCAACCCUGGCACUCCCUAGGGGGUGCUGCAGAAGGCCAGAUUAGGGACCCCAUGGGUUCCUGCACAUACCCUCAAAGGAAAGCUACACUGCCCCGCGGGUCCAAACUCAGAAAGGGGGUGGGAGGCUCUGACAGGAGCCCUCCUCCCCCUACUAGUAUUUAAGAUGGAUCAGCCUCAGAGAUGAGUCCUGCAGCCUUGAAUUUUGUUUAAAAAAUCAUCGUAGGUUUCUCUUUUUGUAAUAAACAAUGCUGCAAAAGCAGAGAACC